AUGACCUCCGAAAAGUCUCCCCAUGAGGCGUCCGGAGUGACCGCCAAUGGACCUCCAACGAAGCUCUUUCUCGAUCGCAGUAAUCUCGGAAACGCCAGAACAGCCGGGCUGGCCGAAGAUACGCACCUGACGGGAGACCAGUACAACUUACAGUUGACCCUGUACUAUGUCAUGUUUGCCCUCUUCGGAGCCAUCAUGACCGUCUUUACCAAAGUUUGCUCAGCCAAGAUCAGUCUGCCUUACAUGAUGCUGACCUUCGGCAUUGCGUCCGCCUGUACAGCUGCAGCCAGAAACUUUGGGCAGCUGUCUACAUGUCUCAUCUUGGUGGGCACCUUUGAGUCUGGCUUUCUGGCAUCGUAA